AUGUACAACUCUGAGGGGGCGACCUUUUGGCAACAAAUCGAGCAAACCUUCAAGAUAGGCGACUUCAAGGAUUCACCUCAAACUUCUGGUAGUAUGAAAGCUUGCUGGGCAUCCUUACAAAAAGUCAUCAAUAAGUUUCGAGGCUGCUUUAGCACAGCCAAGCAGAUCAACCAGAGUGGAACGUUGUGGAACUACUCAACCAGGGAGAUAGAGCUUGGAGGGGAUAUAGACAACUACACUAGUACUAAUUACCUACUGAGGUGUGAGGAGGAGGAGUAA